GCAGCAGCUCGAGCUGAACGGGAGCAGGGGAGAAGAGAGAGAGAGAGAGAGAGAGCAAAGGAGUUCACCCGUCGAGAGAAGAGGAGGAGGAGCCGUAGAAGACGAGCACAAUGCGUCGCGUCGGGGUGCUGGUGCUGUUCUUCGCCUGCGCCGCGGCGCACGCCGCCGCCGCCGUCACCGACGGGCUGUUGCCGAACGGCAACUUCGAGGAUGGCCCGCCCAAGUCGGACCUUGUGAACGGCACGGUGGUGCGCGGCGCGAACGCCAUCCCGCGCUGGGAGACGUCGGGCUUCGUGGAGUACAUCGAGUCCGGGCACAAGCAGGGGGACAUGCUGCUGGUGGUGCCGCAGGGCGCGCACGCCGUGCGCCUCGGCAACGAGGCCUCCAUCCGCCAGCGGCUCGCCGUGGCGCGGGGCGCCUACUACGCCGUCACCUUCAGCGCGGCGCGCACCUGCGCGCAGGCGGAGCGGCUCAACGUGUCGGUGAGCCCCGAGUGGGGGGUGCUCCCCAUGCAGACCAUCUACGGCAGCAGCGGCUGGGACUCGUACGCGUGGGCGUUCAGGGCCAAGAUGGACGAGGUGGCGCUCGUCAUCCACAACCCCGGCGUCGAGGAGGACCCGGCGUGCGGGCCGCUCAUCGACGGCGUCGCCAUCAGGGCGCUGUACCCGCCGACGCUGGCCAAGGGCAACCUGCUCAAGAACGGCGGGUUCGAGGAGGGCCCCUACUUCCUUCCCAACGCGUCGUGGGGGGUGCUCGUCCCGCCGAACAUCGAGGACGACCACUCGCCGCUCCCGGCGUGGAUGAUCAUGUCUUCCAAGGCCGUCAAGUACGUCGACGCCGCGCACUUCGCCGUGCCGCAGGGCGCGCGCGCCGUCGAGCUGGUGGGCGGCAAGGAGUCGGCGCUGGUGCAGGAGGUCCGCACCGUGCCCGGGUGGACCUACCGCCUGUCCUUCGCCGUCGGCGACGCGGCCGACGGGUGCGCGGGGUCCAUGGUCGCCGAGGCCUACGCGGCGCGGGCCUCCGUCAAGGUUCCGUACGAGUCCAAGGGCACCGGCGGGUACAAGCGCGCCGUCCUCGAGUUCCCGGCCAUCUCCAACCGCACCCGCGUCGUGUUCCAGAGCACGUUCUACCACAUGAAGACCGACGGCACGCUCUGCGGGCCGGUCAUCGACGACGCCUCCCUCGUCGGCCUCCGCAAGAAGACGGCCGGCCGGCGGCUGCUCCAGCUGUAAGAGGCGCCGGGAGCUCUCGCCGCGGCGUGGCGUGGCGUCGCAUUCCCUCCAUUUAUAACAUGCAAAGGCGCGGUUUAACUCGACCGGCACGGCCAAAUUAAGCGAUCGAAUGCCAAAGGGGGUGAAAGUGAAACGGGUGUUAAGUAGUAGUAUUGCUUACUAGGCUCCUUUUUUUUUGGGUUUGGUGUGUAAUCUGGUAUAUGUACGCGUGUCCGCUCUUGCUAUAUGGUUUAUACUUCGCAGCUCUGCGCUCUGUUUGCUGUUUUGCUGUGACGAAGGGAACAAGUUCCUCCUACUUUAACA